UAUAUAUAAUAAUUUAUUCUCCCACACGGAGUUUUCGGCGUCAACAGUCCGAGGUCCACCAGCUGAUCACCACAACACUGCACUGCGGCAGGUGUACCCCAGGAUCUUAAGUUAAUGAGACUGCAUGAUGGAGUUUGUCAUUGGUGCUACAGCAGCUUGUGGUGCUUGCUUGAUGUCCAACCCCAUGGAUAUGCUCAAGACCCGCAUGCAGCUGCAAGGAGAACUGAAAGCUCAUGGACACUACACAGUUUAUUAUAAGAACAUAGUUCAUGCUGGUAUUGCUGUUGCUAAGGCUGAGGGCCUGUCUGGACUUCAGAAAGGACUGAUGCCAGCUCUUGGGUAUCAGGUGAUUAUGAAUGGAAUAAGAUUUGGAUUAUACAAGAGAAUCCUUGACUCCGGGGUCAUAACUCGUGCAGACGGAAAUGUAUCAACCUUGGGUUGUGUUGCUGCUGGUGCUGGUGUGGGUGUGAUUGGAGGAUUUGUCGGAAGUCCUCUGUACUUGGUAAAAACUCAUUUGCAAUCUCAAGCAGCAGAAUCCAUUGCUGUUGGGCACCAGCAUAAACAUCAAGGUGUCUUGCCUGCUUUGUUUAGAAUUGCAAAGGCAGAUGGUAUUAGAGGUUUGUGGCGAGGGGCAUCUACGUCAGUGCCUCGAGUUGGAGUAGGUUCUGCAUCGCAGUUGUUUACUUACACCAAGAGUAAAGACUGGCUGGACCAUUAUGGGUUGUACUCACGAGACAGUUGGCAGAGCACCUUUUUUGGAGCUAUGGCGAGUGGCCUGGUUAUAUCAAGUUGUAUGAGUCCCUUUGAUGUUAUUGCUACAAGAAUUUACAACCAGGGACUGGAUAAACAAGGACGUGGAUUGUUGUAUAAAAGCAUAACAGACUGUGUAGUGAAGACCUUCAGAGCAGAAGGUAUCUGGGGAUUUUACAAGGGAUGGUCUGCGAUAUACUUCAGGAUUGGACCUCACAGCUUCCUCAACCUAAUGUUUUGGGACCUUCUUCAGAAACUUAUCAUGAAUCAUAAAGAGCCAAGUGGUGAUAAGAGCUGAUGAUGGGCUGAGGGGAUGAACAACUUCAACUCAGAUGGUGGUAGACUGAAGAUUUUUUCUGCUGUGCACUUUCCUUUUAUUUAUUUUUUUCUUUCUUUUCUGUUUUUUGCCUUUAAGAAAACACUGCCAUGUAAGUAAACCUGUUCUCAUUAUAAACAAGACUCAGUUCUAUGGGACCAUUCACUUAAUAAACACAUUCCAAAAUACACUGUUCCCUCACUUUGCACAGAUUAUACAGUUCUAGAACAUUACAUAAAAAAUUAGACCAGUUUGAUCUAUUUAAAGGAGGGAUUAUGCACCAGUUGCCCUCCUUGACCUCAUAUGCCACAAAUACUUAUAAUACACUGACAAAACUUGUUUGUGUUAGGUAUAAUGAAACAGUGCACACCAUAAAAUCAGUUGUGUGUGGUCACCAGUAAGGAAGGAGGGUAGAACCUAUGUAAACCAUCAUGGGUAUAACCACUCUUGGAGGUGGGAGCCGUGUCAGAUGCCCCUCUAACCACCCAGUUGCCACCCCACACAGCACAAAAACAGUUACAAACACAUGAGCACCACCACUACAAGGACUCGUUGAGUUUGUAGGUGUGUCCAAGUAAAGCAGCAGACUUCCUUGUGAGUGAAUUAUUUACCAAUUGAAUUCCAGUGUAAAACUAUCUUGCUUUUUUUGCUAAAGGCAACUUAUUUUAGAUGUGUACUACCAAGACAUAUAGGUGGAGCCCAUAUACAAAUGGAAUAAGUAGAACACACAUAAAAAGGUUCUCAAGUGAUUGAUUGGGUGAGCGAAAGACCAGUUGAGGUUUUGUAAAUCAUACAUUAGUGCCCUACCCUAUAAUGCUGUGCUCCCUCUUAGUGCUUACCUUGACAUCCAUUGUGAGUUUUGUGCCACACAAAACAUGGACUGUAGCCAUUGAACUUGCAUCAUUAUAAAUCAUUUCAUGCAGUUGUAAAUUCAUGGUAAAAGAAACACAGUACAGUACAGGGGGGCCCCCCAAAUUCGCGCGGGGGUUAAGUUUUCAAAAUGGCUGUGAAUCGCCAAAUCCGCGAAGAACAUUUGCGGACGGGGGGACAUUUUCACUUGUGUAAAAAAGAAAUGUACCAGUAUACAGUAUUCCCUUUAUGUGUUUGCCCUUAGGACAAUUAUUUCCUUUACCUGUAUUGUAUAUAUGUGUGUGUGUGUGUGUGUAAACACACACACACAUAUUUACAAUACAGGUAAAGGAAAUUACUGUCUCUAGAACAAAUGGCUCCCUGUCCCAGCCGCAAAAAUGUCGGCAACUUUAAAACUACCCAUAGACAUUCUUGGGUACAUCCAGGGUUUCAUCUGCGAAAUAAAAAUCCGGAAACUUGGGGGGCCCCUUGUAUAUCAAAAUGUAAAUUCUUGCAAUACUGUCCAAACAAAGCCAAUGCAAAUUGAGGGACAAAUGUAUUUGCAUACUGUAGUAACAACCAAUAGGACCAAUAGAACCAUAUAAUAAUAUAAGUAACAUAUAAACAAUAAAUUAAUUUUAGAAUAUUUAUUACAAGAAAUAUUAUUUCCAGAUGGCACAUUGAUUUGUAUAAAAUGAGAUAUUGUUCAUAGAUAUUUUAUUAAAAAAUAAUAAUAUUCUGUAUAUUGUCCAUAGAUACUGUACUUUAUUCAAACUGUGAUCUUGGAUAGAUCUGGUGCCUUCAAACAGGCCUUCCUCAGUCAAAAUAAUUAAUGCAUUCUUGAAAAUUAUGUCUUAAAUGAAAACAUGCUAAGCAAAAAUAAUUUCCCUUUAAGAGUACUGUACUGUACUUCCCUGUGCUUCCCUGACCAAAUAUAUUCUGAACUUAGAAAUGUUUAA